AAAUUUGUAAGCUUUGCCGGAAAAUGAUUUGUGGGAUUAUUAUGUCCUUAAUUAAACACAAUUAGGCCAUAAUUAUAUCCCCGGUCAGGCCAUUGGGUGGAUUCUUCCAUUCUCUCCUAAACCCCGCCCUUUGUCUGAGUUCUCUCUAUUUAAUCUCUCUCUCUUGACUCUUAAUUUAUCUACUCUAUUGUAGACAAAUUUUUUAUUUUCUUUUUGAAACGUUCGAUACAAUGUUUAAUUUUUGUACUUGUAUGAAUUUCAAGCAAGAGCCCUGCAGCGAUGAAGAACGACAGAAGAAUUCGCCUGGGAGGAAAAGAGAUAUGAAGAAGGGUAUACAUGAGAUCAUGUGUAAUAAUGCUCCUUUGAGGGUUUCGACAUCUGAACAUCGAGACUACGGGGAUGAUCGAGUCAUCAAUCUUGACGCUGGAGACCCAACAAUGUACGAAACGUAUUGGAAAAAAAUGGGGAAGAAAGCGACGGUGGUGAUCCCAGGUUGGCGAUCCAUGAGUUACUUUUCCAACGGCCGGAGUCUUUGCUGGUUUCUCGAGCCGGAUUUGUGCCAACAAAUUCUCCGUUUACACCGUGUCGUUGGCAACGCCAUAACCGAAGGUCGCUACGUCAUUGUCGGGACCGGCUCCUCCCAGCUUAUACUGGCUGCCCUUUACGCUCUUUCUUCCCCCGAAUCUUCUGAGCCUACCGACGUCGUCUCCGCCGUCCCCUACUACUCGUCGUAUCCCUCAAUGUGUGAUUAUUUAAAAACAACCCUUUUCAAAUGGGGUGGAGAUGCGAGUAAAUACGAGAAAGAGGGAUCUUAUAUUGAAAUCGUGACUUCACCAAAUAAUCCGGACGGUUCAUUACGUGGACCGGUGGUGAAACGGAGUGGAGGAAAAUUGUUGCAUGAUCUUGCUUAUUAUUGGCCUCAUUACACUUCUAUUACUGCUCCGGCUGACUUCGAUGUCGCAUUGUUCACUGCCUCUAAGUGCACUGGCCAUGCCGGUUCUCGUAUCGGGUGGGCACUUGUUAAAGAUCCAGAAAUAGCAAUGAAAAUGGUGAAGUUCAUUGAGCUAAACACAAUCGGGGUGUCUAAAGAUUCACAGCUCCGAGCGGCGAGGAUGCUAAGUGUAGUAUCAGAUAGUUGUGAGCAGCCUGGGAGUACUACUGUUUUAGACAAUCGUACUGGAGAAUCGUUUUAUGGGUUCGGCCACCGGCUGAUGACGGAGAGAUGGUGUCGCAUCAGACAAGCCGUUAAACACGGCGGAAUGUUCAGUCUCCCUGAAUUCCCUACUGCUUAUUGUACCUUCCUUCACCAACCUACCGAAUCCCGACCUGCUUUUGCAUGGCUAAAAUGUGAAGACGAAGAAGAAGAAGAUUGUGCAGGUUUACUCAGACGACAUAAAAUAUUAGGUCGAAGUGGAGUGAGUUUCGGGUGCAGCCCCGAAUUCGUACGUGUCAGCAUGUUGGACCGAGACGACAACUUCGAUUUGUUGGUUCAAAGGAUAUCAAAAAUCACUGCUGCCCCUAAGUCUGAACAACCACACUGAUCAUAUCCCUAAACGACAUGUCGACCGAUCCCCCACGAGAGAAUUAAUUAAGGAAGGAUCAUACCUAAAUUAAAAGGAAUAGAGAACCCCAGCAGCUGGGGCCUGGGGGAGACCCAGGAGUUGAUGCCCAAUUUUCUUUCUUUUCUUUUCUUUCUUUCUUUUUAAUAUUUUAUUACUUCAGUAGCAUCUUACUUUACUAAUUAUCAUCUAAUACGCAGUAUUUUCAAUUUUGUU